AUGGUUCACUUCAAUUUACAGGCCAUCCUGGCAUUGGCAGUCACAGUUUCCGCUCUGCCGGCUGAUAGCCCGACACAAUACGUAGGACCUGAGAAUGGCAACUUGGUGAUAGUCGGGGGCGGCACGCUGGACGAUUCCAUUCUCCAGCGCGUCAUUGACCUUGCGGGGGGCAAUGAUAGCUCAAUUGUCGUCAUUCCUACUGCUCAGGGUGAUCCAAGCUAUGAUCAGAAUGCAGCGAAUGCGGGAGACUUUCGUCGCCUUGGCGCCAAAAGUGUUACUGUUCUACAUACAUAUGACCCCGAGGUUGCAAACACGGAAGAAUUUGUUCAACCACUUCUCAAUGCUACUGGCGUCUGGUUUGGAGGCGGUCGCCAGUGGCGUUUAGUCGACGCUUACGCCGGAACGCUCACUCAACAAACGAUCCGAGCUGUGCUGGACGCUGGUGGUGUCAUAGGCGGAUCCUCUGCUGGGGCAUCUAUUCAAGGGGAUUUCUUGGCGCGAGGCGAUACGGAGAGCAACACUCUCAUAAUCGGAGAUCAUCAACAAGGCUUCGCAUAUGUCAAGAACGUGGCUAUCGAUCAACAUGUGCUAGUUCGCAAUCGACAAUUCGACAUGUUAAAUGUGCUCAAAUACAAACCUGGGAUUCUGGGCAUCGCAAUCAACGAAAACACCGCUGUUCAUGUUUGGAAGAAUAGUGCUCAGGUAUUCGGUGCUAGCUACGCCAUCAUUUAUGACGGAACAUACUGGUCUAGGGACGGUAACGAUCCGAACCAACUUCCGGAUGAUUCAGGCCUAUUCUAUUUCUUAAGAGAAGGGGAUGAAUAUGAUCUUGGGCUACGCAAAGUCAUUAAAUCGUCUUGA